GAUUUUGACGGAAUUUCAAAGAGAAAAAGAGAAAACAUGAGAAGGAAUAAAGGAAACAAGAAAGAUAACGAGGAUUUGGAAGAAGUCUUUCGAGUGUUGAUUCGUCUCAUUCCUGAUAAAUCUGAAUGGAAAGCCUUCGUCAAGGAUGGAUUGAAAAUGCCGAUGUGGGAAGAAAGUGAGACCAAAGGGGAGAAAAUAGAGGAUCUCAGGAGAUGGAAGCGGGUUAGAGGAAUGGGAGCAACACCGGACAAUUUAUGUCUGAUUAUCCGCGAGCAUUUCAAGAAUGAAUCCAGCAUUGUACGAGCACUUACUGGAGUAUUUUCUGACGGAAUUAACAAGCUUUCAGAUAAGAUGAACAAUAUGAGCAUCUGUGUCCAAGAUAAAACAACCAACUUACAAUCAGUGGAAGGACGUACCGUGAUAGUUGGUGCUGGAAACGUCCAAUAUCACUAUUAUGGCGAAUCUAAAUAAAUCAAAUGGAUCUGUAGUGUGAGGUUACGCCAUCACGAAUCGUUCAAUCAAUUAUUUGCUCGCAAUUAUUCCCAUUUUUCAAAUCAACUUAUAUACUCUCCUUUGAUUUAAUGUUUUUUCCACGUAAUUCUUCCUAAUCAAUAAAUAUCUUCAAGAUAACUAUCUAUGUCUACUUA